AUGGCGUCGGUCGCAGUCCCAAGAGAUUUUGCUGAGAAGGCACAACCCUCUCCUACGCCUUCUUUACCUUCGUCCUCACAUGGUUCUCCCCAAUCUCGACCUACAACCUCGAAUGUGAGCGCCAUCACAAGCACCGAAAAUCUAAGCGUGAAUGGAACUAUGAAUGGAACGAUUACACCUCCCCCUCCGGCCGUUCUCAAGGCAGCACCUAUGCCAACGACGGCCGAGAAACCUUCCAUGACGAAACGCUUAACUCGGAUGUUUUCUACAAAGGAAUCGAUACGAUCAGAACAUAAUUUCACAUCCAGUGCCGCCUCUGGUUCCUCGACGCCAAAGGUUGUGGAUGGCACAACAUCUCCUAAAUCAUCUUCGAGGCCUGGGUCUCUGUCCCGAAAGACAUCAUCACAAGAGAAGAAGAGUCCAUCCGACAAAUCGAGUGUUACACCGAGUACAAAGGAUAAAAAUGGUUCAACCAAAGACAAAAAGGCACCGACAAACCAUCAGCGAUUUCUCACCGUGCCUGAUGUGCAAGGGGGUCACGAGCAUCAUCUGAAGAGUGCCAAGAGACAAGAGAAACUGGGGGAAAUGCUGCGAGGCUUAAUUAGUGGGAAGGCGAAACAAUCCGAAACCCAUGAAGGCGAACAACAACUUUCACUCAUGUCAAACUGGGUGGAUCAACUGAAGCGUGAGAAAGAAUCACUGGCUACAGAAAAGAAGGGUGGGCCCAAUGCGACGGCAACAUUGGUAGAUAAAUACGGGAAAUGUAAUGAAGUUAUUGGUCGGGGUGCUUUCGGAAUUGUCAGGAUAUCCCACAAGAGGUCCGAACAGGGAACCGAGCAACUUUACGCUGUGAAGGAAUUCCGAAGAAGACCCGAAGAGAACGAACGGAAAUACAGCAAGAGACUCACUUCCGAAUUCUGUAUAUCUUCCUCAUUACGACACCCUAAUGUCAUUCACACCCUUGACCUCCUUCAAGACUCGAAGGGGGACUAUUGUGAGGUCAUGGAAUUCUGUGCAGGUGGUGAUCUUUACACCUUGGUACUCGCCGCCGGAAAGCUUGAAGUUGUGGAAGCGGACUGUUAUUUCAAGCAAAUGAUGCGUGGAGUCGAAUACAUGCAUGAGAUGGGAGUUGCGCAUCGAGAUUUGAAACCAGAAAAUCUUCUUUUGACCACACACGGUUCUUUGAAGAUAACAGAUUUUGGGAACGGUGAAUGCUUUCGAAUGGCUUGGGAGAAGGACGCACACAUGGUAACUGGAUUGUGUGGUUCCGCUCCUUAUAUCGCUCCAGAAGAGUACAUUGACAAAGAAUUCGACGCAAGAGCUGUCGACGUUUGGGCUACAGGUGUCAUUUACAUGGCAAUGCGCACAGGACGUCACCUUUGGCGAGUCGCGAAGAGAGAUGAAGAUGAGUUUUAUGAGAAGUAUUUAGAAGGUCGAAGAGACGAAGAGGGAUAUGCUCCCAUCGAGUCAUUACAUCGAGCACGUUGUCGUAAUGUCAUCUACUCGAUAUUGGAUCCAAAUCCUCACCGUCGUAUCACUGCUUCACAAGUUCUCAAGUCCGAAUGGGGUCGUGAGAUAAAACUUUGUCAAGCAGGUGAGGAAGGCCUCUGA